GAAAAUCAAAUCCAUCAGCGAAUAGCAGAACUGAGAAAGGAAGGUUUGUGGUCCCUGAGGCGAUUGCCUAAACUCCAAGAGGCUCCAAGACCAAAAUCUCACUGGGAUUAUUUGCUGGAAGAAAUGCAGUGGAUGGCAACUGAUUUUGCCCAAGAGAGAAAGUGGAAGAUGGCAACUGCUAAGAAGAUGGUAAGAACUGUGGCUCGUUAUCACGAAGAAAAGAAACUUAAUGAAGAGCGAGCUAAGAGGGAAGAACAAAACAAACUAAGGAGAAUUGCUGCAUCAAUUGCUAGAGAAAUAGAAUACUUCUGGUCUAACAUUGAACAGGUUGUUGAAAUAAAACUGCAAAUUGAAUUUCAAGAGAAAAGGAGAAAAGCUUUGAAUUUAAAGCGAAUUUCAAGGAAAGGUAGGGAUACAAAAUCUGCAGAAGACCUUUUAUUGGAAAGUGAAAUGGGUUCAUCAUCUGGAAGGAAAAGAAAGGCAAGCACAUCUUUGACUGAUGAGGAAGUUGAAGAUGAAGAAGAAACAAUUGAAGAGCAAGAAGCUAAAGAAGGAAACAUAAACCAUCAAACUGAAUUGUCUAAUCUAGCCAAAGAAGCUGAACUGCCUCUGGAAGAUUUACUGAAGAUGUAUGAAGGUGCCUUCGCAGAAAACUUUCACUGGCCCCAGCCGAAGCCUGACAGUGAAGAGGAUAGCAGUGAGGAAGAAAUGGAAGACCACAUGUCUGAUAGGGAAAGUCCGCAGAAAGAAGUUGUCCUCAUAGACUCCCUUCUCAGCAUUGACCAGUACAAGGGAAUAGACAGGUCAAGUCCUCCGAAGAAGCACACGCGAGACAUAGCAGAAGUUGCUGCUGCAGCAGAAAUGCUGUUACCUAAAGGCAGCUCCAGGAUAACAACAGCGGUAAAAUACAAUACUCCAUCCCUACUGUAUGGGCCUCUCAGAGAAUAUCAAAAGAUUGGGCUGGAUUGGUUAGCAAAGCUGUACAGGAAGAAUCUCAACGGCAUUCUGGCAGAUGAGGCUGGGCUUGGAAAAACAGUACAAAUUAUUGCCUUUUUUGCCCACUUGGCUUGUAAUGAAGGUAACUGGGGCCCUCACCUUGUUGUUGUACGGAGCUGUAACAUUCUGAAAUGGGAGCUGGAAUUGAAGCGCUGGUGCCCAGGGUUGAAAAUACUUCUCUACUUUGGCAGCCAAAGGGAACUUAGGGCAAAAAGACAGGGAUGGACAGAACCCAACAGCUUCAAUGUGUGUAUCACUUCCUACAAACAACUGUUCAAAGGCCACCCAGCGUUUAUGAAAAUGCGGUGGAAAUACUUAAUAGUAGAUGAGAUGCAACAAAUAAAGAACAUGACAGAGAAACACUGGGAGGCACUUUUCAGUCUCCGCAGCCAGCAUCGUUUACUCCUGAUAGACACUCCUUUACAUAACACAUUGAUGGAGUUGUGGACCAUGGUACAUUUUCUGAUUCCGGGAAUUUCCAGACCUUAUCUAGAUUUUCCAGUAAAAGCAGCUAAUGAGGAGAACCAGGAUUAUUGCCAUAAACUGGUCAUCAGGUUACACAGAAUGAUUCAGCCAUUUAUUUUGCGAAGAUCAAAGAGAGACGUUGAAAAGCAGCUAACAAAGAAAUACGAACAUGUGCUCAAGUGUCGUCUUUCCAGUCGACAAAAAGCUAUGUAUGAAGAUGUCAUAUUACAACCAGGAACCCAAGAAGCCCUCAAAAGUGGACACUUCAUCAGUGUCCUGCAUGUCCUGAUGCAGCUGCAGCGGAUUUGUAAUCACCCUGAUCUGAUAAACCCCCGGCUUUCGAGUACCUCCUAUGUAUCAGAAACACUGGAAUACAGAACUGCGUCUCUGGUACUGAGUGCCCUAGAAAGGGAUAUUUGGAAGGAAUCAGACCUGUCUCUUUUUGAUCUCAUUGGAAUGGAAAACAAAAUGACUCAUUAUGAAGCACAAAUGUUACCAAAACAAAAGGUUACUAGAAAGUUGAUUGAAGAAAUCUACAGCUCCCCUCCACCACCAGCUAGGCCCAACCCAGUGAAGCUCAAACCGAGCAGGUUGUUUCAACCCGUUCAGUACGGUCAGAAACCUGAGGGCAGGACUGUAGUUUUCCCAAGCACUCAAAUACAGCGCACGGUGACCACGGCGACGGUAACUCAACAGGGACAAGUACGAGGAAGAUCGCCCAUAGCUACAGUCUCUUCAAAUCAAGCCGCAGCAGCACAGUUUCAGACAACUCAGGCUUCCACCAGUGCUCCAAGACACCAGCCCGCAGCGACCUUCACCACAGCAACUAGCACAGCCAACCCUGUGAAACCGCGGGGCCAGACCUCUGCGCAGCCCUCGCAGCUGGGCCAGGCCCAGCCCCAGGCCCCCUCGCACACCAUCCAACAGAGUGUGCUGCCUCAGAGGCUGGUUCUCACCUCUCAGGCCCAGGCACGGUUGCCUAGUGGUGAGGUAGUAAAAAUAGCCCAGCUGGCUUCUAUAGCAGGAGCACAAGGCAGAAUCGCUCAGCCAGAGACCCCUGUAACGCUGCAGUUCCAAGGGAACAAGUUCACAUUAUCACAUAGUCAACUUCGCCAGCUCACUGCAGGGCAACCUUUGCAGUUACAAGGAAGUGUUCUUCAGAUCGUUUCAGCACCUGGUCAGCAGUAUUUGAGACCUCAGGGUCCCGUUGUCAUGCAGACGGUUUCCCAAGCAGGAACUGUUCAGAACGCUCUGAAUGCUUUAGGAAACCAGCAUCAAGCAGGUGUCCCGACUUCCACAGCAGUGACACAACAAGUUUGUAUUCCAGGUAGAACGGCAGUUACUAAUCUGUCAUCUACUGACAUAGGAGCAGCGCUAAAACCAGCACCUACACAUGGACAAUCACAGGAAACAUAUGAAGAAAAGAACCGGCUUUUGAAGGAGCGGCUAGACAGAAUAUUCUCUGGCAAUGAGCGCCGAUGUUCGCGGGCCCCGAUGUAUGGCAGGGACUUGCUGAGUGUUUGUUCUUUGGCUGGUGAAAGGAAGCCCUCUCAGCUGUCUUCCAGUGAAGACAACAGUUGGAGGUGGGCUGGCUUCGUGAACUGUUGCCUUUCUUCAAGUGCCUCCGGAGGCCCAAGCAACCCGUUGCAAGAAAUGAUCCUGACUUUGGUUCAACAACAAGAAUCUCUAAAAGAUGUUGUUAACAGGGCUCUCUUCGUAUUGCCAGCUGCAGUUGCUGCUCCCCCGUGUUUGUAUGUAGCAAAUCCCCCCCCUUCCUACAGUCACAGAUUGAAACUGCUUAAGCACAGGCUUAAGCAGAAGGCAGCUCCACACUUGCAUCAGUUGCAACAGAUUACAGCUCCCCACUUGCUACAGUUCCCUGACCUGCGGCUGGUGCAGUAUGACUCAGGAAAAUUAGAAGCUCUUGCUGUCUUGCUUCAAAAGUUGAAAUCCGAAGGGCGCCGUGUGCUGAUUUUGUCACAAAUGAUUCUGAUGUUGGACAUACUGGAAUUGUUCCUGAAUUUCCAUUUCCUCACAUUCGUGAGGAUUGAUGAAUACGCUAACUAUGAGCAACGGCAGGAGCUGAUGAAAAUUUUCAACAGAGACAAGCGCAUUUUCUGUGCCAUCCUUUCCUCUCACAGUCGUUCCACUGGAGUAAAUCUUGUUGAAGCAGACACCGUUGUGUUCUAUGACAAUGAUCUAAACCCAGUGAUGGAUGCAAAAGCUCAGGAGUGGUGUGACAGGAUUGGGAGAUGUAAAGAUAUCCAUAUAUACAGGCUUGUCAGUGGUAAUUCUGUAGAAGAGAAGCUCUUGAAAAACGGCACAAAGGACUUGAUCAGAGAAGUAGCUGCUCAGGGAAAUGACUAUUCAAUGGCCUUUUUAACACAGCAAACGAUUCAGGAAUUGUUUGAGGUUCAUUCUCCUAUGGAGGAUUCUGGAUUUAGAGUGAAAGCAGAAGAAUUUGUAGUACUUUCUCAAGAGCCAUCUCCAGCAGAAAAUAUUUCACCUAAAGUUGCAAGACCAUUCAUAGAGGCCCUCAACAGUAUUGAACACGAGAAUGAGGAGUUGAAUGAUUGCAUACAAGACAUAGGAUUUGAGUCAAGCAUGGAACCUUUAAUCUCAGAGCUCUGUGAGACAAAAUACAACGAAGAGCCCUCACAGCUGCAGGAGUUAGUUGCUGUUGUGGAUCAGCUGACUCCGAUUGAGAAGUAUGCUUUGAAUUAUUUAGAGCUCUUCCAUGUUUCAGUUGAUGAGAAUGAGCCACGGUUGAAUGAGAUGGAAUUGAAAACUGCAAAGAAAGCAUGGGAAGUCCAGCAUAUGAAGGAGUUAAAGGAGGAAGAACAAAAACUGCUUUGGGAGGAUGAAGAAGAACUUCUAACCUACACUCGGGAGGAUGCAUACAACAAAGAAUAUAUCUAUGAAGGUCCAGAUGGACAAACUGAAAUAAUGCCACUUUGGACUCCUCCCACUCCACCUCAGGAUGACAAUGAUAUCUACAUAGAUUCUGUUAUGUGCCUGAUGUACGAUACCACCCCUAUUCCAGAAUCAAAGUUGCCCCCAGUGUAUGUCAGAAAGGAACGUAAACGACACAAAACAGAUCCAUCUGCUGCAGGUAGGAAGAAAAAGCAACGUCAUGGAGAGACAGUUAUUCCACCUCGUUCACUUUUUGAUCGAGCAACUCCAGGAAUGUUGAAAAUGCGCCGAGAGGGCAAAGAGCAAAAGAAAAACAUCUUGUUGAAACAACAAACACAAUUUGCAAAGCCUUUGCCGACUCUUGUCAAACCAGCUGCCGAAGCUGGGCAGGAUAAUCCAGAGUGGUUGAUUAGUGAAGACUGGGCACUUCUGCAGGCAGUGAAGCAGCUGCUGGAGCUUCCUUUAAAUCUUGCUGUUGUAUCGCCAGCACACACUCCCAAUUGGGACCUUGUUAGUGAUGUUGUUAACUCGUGCAGCAGAGUCUAUCGCUCUCCAAAACAGUGCCGAAACAGAUACGAAAAUGUCAUUAUUCCAAGGGAAGAAGGAAAGACUAAAAACAGUCGCCCACUCCGUACCAACCAGAUCUAUGCUCAAGAUGAGGGUGCCACCCACACACAACUUUAUACUAAUCAUUUUGAGAUGAUGAAAAUGAUUGCAGGGAAAAGAAGUCCACCCAUCAAACCUCUACUUGGCAUGAAUCCUUUCCAGAAGAAUCCAAAGCAUGCAUCAGUGCUUGCAGAAAGUGGAAUCAACUAUGAUAAGCCACUUCCUCCAAUUCAAGUUGCAUCCCUCCGAGCAGAACGUAUUGCAAAAGAGAAAAAGGCUUUGGCUGAACAGCAGAGGGCACAGCAACAGGCAGGCCCACAGCCUCAGCAGCAGCAAGCUGGCCAGCAGCAAGCCCAGCAACCCUCUGUACAGCAAGCACAAGCCCAACCUCAGCCGCAAGCUCAGGCACAGGUAGUUCCGCAGCCCCAGGCAGUAGUGCAGACUGCAGUAACUACUGUGGCCAACACAGCAGUAUUGGCGGGCACAAUCAAAACAGCUGUUACAGGGACGAGUAUACAGACGGCUACAGUGAGUGGAAACGUCAUAGUGAAUACUGUUGCAGGAGUCCCUGCUGCCACCUUUCAGCCCAUCAAUAAACGUCUGGCUUCACCAGUUAUACCUGGAACGUUGACUACUUCAGGAGGCACUGCAACUGCACAAGUGGUACAUACCCAGCAGCGGACUGCGGCAGCACCUGCUGCUUCCACAGAACUGGUGACCAUAGCAUCUACCCAGGGAGUUCGUGCAGUGACGUCAGUGACAGCAUCAGCAGUAGUAACUACAAACUUAACACCCGUGCAGACCCAGACCAGAUCCUUGGUGACUCAGGUUACACCAGCUACACCAACAGUCCAGCUCUCCGGCAAAACUAUCACCCCUGCUCACUUCCAGCUUCUGAGGCAACAGCAGCAGCAGGCUGCUCAGGUGCAGGUCCCACAGAUUCAGGCUCAGGCACAAGCCCAGUCUCCAGCUCAAAUAAAAACUGUACACAGUGUUUCAUUUUUGCAGGAACAGCUGAUCAAGCUGCAGAAGCAGAAACUGCAGCUUCCCCAGCAGCAGGCAGCGCAGCAGACACAGCAAGGGGCACAGCAGCAAACAGCACAAGUGCAAGUGCAACAGCAACAGCAAACUCAGCAACUCACUGCUGUCACAGCACCUCGUCCUGGUGCAGUUCUCACAGGCACUACUGUGACAAACCUGCAAGUUGCUCGCCUUACUCGUGUUCCUGCUUCCCAGCUCCAAGCACAAGGACAGAUCCAGGCUCAGACUCCACAAGCAGCACAGGUUGCUUUGGCAAAGCCUCCAGUAGUGUCUGUUCCCGCUGCUGUUGUGUCAUCUGCAGGAGUCACUACACUCCCUGUUACCGUUGCAGGCAUUAGUGUUGCUAUUGGGCAGCCACAGAAAGCAGCAGGAGGCCAGACGGUUGUUGCACAGCCACUGCAUGUCCAGCAGCUUCUAAAACUCAAGCACCAUCAAGCAGCACAGCAACAGAAAGCUAUCCAGCCUCAGGUUGCACAGGGUCAAGCUACUGUGCAGCAAAAGAUAAAUGCUCAACAGGUUACAGUCCAAACCCAACAGCAGACUUCACAGCAACAAAAAGUAACUUAUACCACACAGCCUGCCAUUAAAACACAGUUCUUAACAACUCCAAUUUCCCAAUCCCAGAAACCAGGUGGAACCCAGCAAGUGCAGGCCCAGAUUCAGGUACAGGUUGCAAAACUUCCACAAGUGGUCCAGCAACAGGCUGCUGUUGCCAAUAUUCAACAGAUGGUUUCAGUUUCCCAGCAGGUACAAGCUCAACCCCAAACUGUGACGCUUUCUCAGACGACAGCAGGUCAACAGCAGGUUCAGGUGAUUCCUGCAACAACUGCUACUGCUCAGGUCGUGCAGCAGAAGCUGAUACAACAGCAAGUUGUGACAACAGCAUCUCCCCAGAUUCAGGCUCCAGGUGUACAGAAUCCAGCCCAGACACCAGCAACAUCUGAAGCCCAGAAUCAGCAAGCAAAAGUACAGAUGAGGACGCCUACUGUCAGAUUAAAGGCACCUACUAAACCAAGUUGAACUAUUGAUUAAAAUGCAAUACCAGGGAAACACAGCAUUUCUUGUUUGCUAAGCCAAGUGAGAAGCUGUUCAAAACAUCUAAAUGAAGACAAACCACCUCUGUUUUGUUGUGUUUGUGGUUUUUUUUUAAGCAGAAGGUUUUUUGCUGGUGAACAUUUAAACAUGGAAACUCUCAUACAACUUCAGCAUAUUAGCAACAGUUUAGCACUCAAAAUCUGUACAAGAUGCAUUCUGCCAGUGUUCUCUGUGCU